UCUGCGGUCAUGGCCGGCACUCUGCCCCAGCACGGCUCUCCGAACUCCGGCUACGGCGCCAGCAACGCCGCGGCCGCGCCGGCUCCCUCCCAGACGGACUCCAGGGACAAAUGGAGCAAGAAGAUGGACUUUCUCCUGUCCGUCAUCGGAUUCGCGGUGGAUUUGGGCAACGUUUGGAGAUUUCCUUACAUCUGCUAUCAAAACGGUGGCGGUGCUUUCCUCAUCCCCUACAUUUUGAUGGCGAUCUUUGGUGGCGUGCCGCUGUUCUACAUGGAGCUGGCUCUCGGGCAGUUCCACCGAACUGGAGCCAUAUCCAUAUGGAAACACAUCUGUCCCAUUUUCAAAGGAAUAGGAUAUGCCAUCUGUGUCAUUGCUCUGUACGUGUCCUUCUACUACAACACCAUCAUCGCCUGGGCCCUGUUCUACUUCUACUCCUCCUUCUCCAGCAUCCUCCCCUGGACAAACUGUGAUAACGUCUGGAACACCCCCGACUGCACCAAUUACUUUGGAGUGGAUAAUGUGACUUGGACAAAUUCCUCCAGGUCUCCGGCAGAGGAAUUUUACACGAGGAACGUUCUUGAAAUCCACAAGUCGUCAGGACUGAGCGAUGUCGGGGGCGUUCGCUGGCAGCUGAUGCUCUGCCUCUUUCUUAUCUUCACUAUAGUUUACUUCAGCCUCUGGAAGGGGGUGCGAACCUCAGGGAAGGUUGUGUGGGUCACCGCCACCCUGCCUUACAUUGUGCUUUUUAUCCUGCUGAUUCGAGGUGCAACUCUUCCAGGAGCCUGGAGAGGAGUGGUGUUUUAUUUGAAACCACAGUGGGACAAGCUGCUGGAGACCAGUGUGUGGGUGGAUGCAGCUGCUCAGAUCUUCUUCUCUCUGGGUCCCGGGUUCGGCGUUCUUCUGGCUCUUUCCAGCUACAACCCUUUUACAAAUAACUGCUAUCGUGAUGCCAUUGUGACCAGCUUGGUGAACUGCCUGACCAGCUUUGUGUCAGGCUUUGUGAUCUUCACGGUGUUGGGCUACAUGGCUGAGAUGAGGAAGGUCGAGGUUGAGGACGUGGCCAAAGACAAAGGGCCAAGUCUACUUUUCAUCACAUAUCCAGAAGCAAUAGGAAACAUGAUGGGGUCCACUUUCUUUGCCAUAAUUUUUUUUGUGAUGAUGAUCACACUGGGACUCGACAGCACGUUUGGAGGGCUAGAGGCAAUCAUCACCGCCGUGCUGGAUGAAUACCCAGAUUAUUUCUCUCACAGACGUGAGCUUUUUGUCCUGUGCCUGGUGGUCGUCUGUUUCCUGGGUUCUCUAAGCACUCUCACAAAUGGUGGCGCCUAUGUGGUGAAGCUACUGGAGGAGUUUGGAGUAGGAAGCUCCAUCAUCGCUGUGGGUUUCCUUGAAGCUAUUGCCGUUUCCUGGUUCUAUGGGAUUAAAAGAUUUAGUAACGAUGUCCAGGCGAUGCUCGGCCAAGCCCCAGGAUUGUUCUGGAGAGUGUGCUGGGUUGCUAUAAGUCCUGCAUUUCUGGCGUACAUCAUAGUGAGCUCUCUGCUGAAAGCGCCUCCCCUCACGCUGUUCGACUACAAGUAUCCAGACUGGAGCAUCACAAUCGGCUACGUCAUCGGCUUCUCCUCCUUCAUGUGGAUCCCCAUAUACAUGGUCUACAAACUGGUGUGGACCCCUGGUUCUCUCAAACAGAGGCUGGCCGUGUGUCUGAGACCAGAGAGGACCAUCCCAGACGUCCAUGCUGACAGUCUCAACAUGGCCGCCGUGUCAUAGGAAGACGUGAACACGUCCGUGUGCUUGUGAACUCCUCUUUAAUUAAACCACAGUUUCAAGUAAUUUGUGAUUGAACCCCAACGUGACCUGUCAUCAUGACUGUUGAACACGUCAGAUGGCUUUUUCACAGCAGAAAAGUUGAAUGCUGCUACAUUUGAGGGUCUAAGAUAGCAAUAGCUAUAUUUUUACUUUGUGUGAGUCAGACCUGCAUCACAGCUCUGUAAUUUGGCUAUUUUCUCAUGUGAUACUAGUUGGUUGUAUACACUGUGGUCUGUUUUGCAUCUCAUCAAGAAUAAUUAGACAAUUUGGAAAAGUUACCUUGUUUCAUAGGGAAAAAAAGUAAAAAGUGAGCUCAUAAAUAGAUUUAUUACACAGAGAGCAGGAUAAGUGCUUGUUUCUCUUUUAUUUGAGCAUGAUGGCUGAGAAUUAAUGAAAACCCAAAAAUAAUUUUCUCAGGAAAUUUUAAUGGAACAUAGAACCAGAAAAAGUAUUUUACUUAAUUAAUUCUGGCUUAUCAAAAAGUAUGCCCAUAAACUGUACUAAAUAUGCUCUCAAUACUUAUUUGCAAAAAAUUAUUACAUCAACGCAGAGAGGCACGGAGGAGAUCAGAAUGGACACCCAGGCUGCCUUAACAUCUGCAAAUUGAAGCAUGAAGUUCUCAAAAAUGUCCUGGUAAAUGGCCAUGCUACCUAUAGGCGUCAGUGCACCAACACCUCCAGGUGACAUAUUUCUUCAAACCCUUACUGGCUUUGGAAACUUCCCACUGAAUUUCAAGCCACUGAGGUUCUGUGCCUCCGUACUCUUUCAGACUAUGAGAGUUUGAUUUCCAAAUGAAAAUGAUUCUGAUCUAUAGACCUCCAGAGUCUAUGUCCUGGAUACGUCUGUGGCUCUUGAAGCUCUGCUUAGUGCAACUACUGCAGUUUUUUCUUUCACUUAACUUUCCAUUGAUCUAUACAGUACUUUACUACCAGCCAGCUUCUUCAUAAAUCCUUUUUUGUGGCAUUUUUUCUUUGUAGAAAGAGUCAAGUACUGUUUGCUGAACACUUGCCAAGUUAGCCAUCUUUGCCACUGCUGUGUGUGUCAUGUUUCCGUGUUAACACUCAUACUGUAAUUAAACUUGUGUGGCGUUUUAAUUUUAUGACAAGCAGAUGUUUGGAUUUGUUUUAGCUGUAAGCCAUUAUGAUUAAAACUAGAAUCCAAUGUUUAAAAAUAUACCACUCUGUAUGUAACAGAUAUGAAAUGUAUUACUGAACUCUUUUAUUGUCCAGAUAAGUUGUAAUUCCUUGUCAUGCACCCAAAUUAGAAAUUGCCAAAGGGAAUUUACAGUUUUUACCACAUCAUUGUACUUUAUGAUCUGGUACUGAAGCAUAAUAAUAUAUUAGAAUUCACCCUGAAAAAAAAAAGUGUAUUUCCUUGUUAAAUCCCACAAAAUGUAUAUUUAUAAAAUUAUACAAUUGUCUCACUUUAAAAGUAGGAAUGCUCUCUGGUGAUAACAUGUGUGAA